AUGGGCAAGAUCGAGAACAACGAGAGGGUGAUCCUCAAUGUCGGUGGCACCCGGCACGAAACCUACCGCAGCACCCUCAGGACCCUGCCUGGAACGCGCCUGGCCCUUCUCGCUUCCUCUGAGCCCCAGGGUGACUGUCUGACCGCGGCGGGUGACAAGCUGCAGCCGCUGCCCCCUCCACUGUCUCCGCCGCCGCGACCGCCUCCGCUGUCCCCUGGCCCCGGCGGCUGCUUUGAGGGUGGCGCGGGCAAUUGCAGCUCCCACGGCGGCAGCGAUGAGCACCCCGGGGGCGGUCGCGAGUUCUUCUUCGACCGGCACCCGGGCGUCUUCGCCUAUGUGCUCAAUUACUACCGCACCGGCAAGCUGCACUGCCCCGCCGACGUGUGCGGGCCGCUCUUCGAGGAGGAGCUGGCCUUCUGGGGCAUCGAUGAGACCGACGUGGAGCCCUGUUGCUGGAUGACCUACCGCCAGCACCGUGACGCAGAGGAGGCACUCGACAUCUUUGAGACCCCCGACCUCAUCGGUGGUGGUGACCCUGGCGACGACGAGGACCUGGCGGCCAAGAGGCUGGGCAUCGAGGAUGCAGCCGGUCUGGGGGGGCCCGAUGGCAAGUCUGACCGCUGGAGGAGGCUGCAGCCCCGCAUGUGGGCCCUCUUUGAGGACCCCUACUCAUCCAGAGCCGCCAGGGUAAGGCCUGACCCACCCUUCCCUGCUGUUCCGAGUUCUCCCAACUCCUUUUCCAACUGUCAACUCUUUUCCAUCCUAGGGCUUCUAUCUGGGAUGAGGGAUAGAGGGGAUAGAGAGCAGGGGCUCCCCAGAGUAAGUUUAUAUUUUUAUACUUAUGAAUUCUUAUCCUUAAGAAUAGUAUUCAAAAAAUAGAAAUUUAUGAAAAUUCCAAUAGAAGUUGUCAUGGAAACCUGUUGUAGAAAACAAGAGAUUAGGAAAGAAAGAGAUUAUUUUGUUGUUGCCAGUGAUGAUAUUUACAAAUAG